AUGCUGGAUGGUUUAGUCCUAGUAGGUAUGCACGAUGAAGCUGUUCAGCUGUUCCAAGCAUUAGAAACGACUAAAGGACUUGAGACUGAUACAGUCAGUUUUAAUACCAUGAUUCAUGGUUACUGCCGGAAGGAUAUGCUGGAGGAGGCUAUGCUCGUAUUCAGCAGAAUGAAGCAACGGGAAAUAAGGCCAACAGCAGUCACCUACAAUACACUAUUAUGGGGACUGUAUCAGGUCGGGAGAAUUACAAGCGCAGAGAGGUUCUUUGAAGAAUUUCUAGCUUCUGGGGUAUCUCCAAACCAUGUCACACACCACAUAAAGCUAACAGCCUACUGCAAAAACGGGAAAAUGGGCGAGGCGGUGAAGUUGGUCGAGUCAUUGGUGAUGAGCGACGACCCCUAUUUCACUGAGUUUUAUAAUACUCUCAUGCAUGGCUUUUGUCUGGUGGGGGAGUUGGAAAAUGCGUUGCAUUUAUUUCAUGAAAUUCUGACCAAGGGACUAAUGCGAGACGUGGUAUCAUAUAACACCAUGAUUGGUAGCCUCUUUCAUCACAGGAGGUCCUUGGAAGCAGAGAAUCUUGUCUCCCAAAUGGAAGUGGAAGGUUGUGUGCCGAAUUCUAGGACAUAUGAUAUCAUCAUUAGCGGUUUUCUUCGAGGAUCGCAGACAGAGAAGGGAGUACAAUACUUUCAUAUCAUGCGUCAAAGAGGAUUUGUACCUGCCGAUUCCGUUGUAGCAUUUUACAUACAGUGA